AUGUACCAUCAAAAGCGUAUAGAGAAAUGGAGUAAAAGCUGCAUCCUCCUGUUUCCAAAGAAGGGAGAUAUCGGUGUCAGCAAAACCUACAGAGGAAUUAUCCUCACUGCCAAAUCUGCCAAAGUUUACAAUGCCAUGCUACUCAAUCCUAUCCGAUCGGAGAUUAAAAAUGUCAUGAGGGAAAAUCAGAAUGGCUUUCGACGAAAUAGACCAACAUUCGUCCAGAUUCUUACAGUCCGAGGAGUUAUUGAAGAAGUUCGUGCGAAGAACCUGAAAGCAGUCCUAUUGUUGAUUUUUCAAGGGCCUUUGACUCGAUACACAGAGGGAAGAUGGAAGAAAUACUUCUUGCAUACGGUAUCACAAAGAAAACUCAGUGCCAUCAUAAUGUUGUAUAGAAAUACUCAAUCUAUAGUUCUUUCUCCAGACAUAGUGGCUGGUGUCCUCCAGGGUAACACCUUGGUACCUACCUAUUCAUUACAUGUCUAG